ACAGAGGGCCGCAAGAUACUAUUGUUCGUCAAGGGGCAAGUGUCAACUUCACCUGUGACCUAAGAAAUAUUGAAGGUUACACUAUCUACUGGCACCACCAGCCACAAGUGGGCAGUGUCCGAUACCUUACUGUGAACAGAGAGUUAUAUACCGGUACCGUCUCUCCUCCACCUGCUCAGCUACAACGACGUCUAUCAAUCACUGGUGAUGAGAGCAGGGGAGAGUUUACUUUACGGAUAUCAGAUGUAAGAAAAAUUGACGAUGGGGUGUAUUCUUGCCUUUAUGGUUAUACUAAUAUUCCAGUGAAGACCGCUUCCUCUGCUGAGCUAACCGUUCUCGUACCACCAUCCUCAUUGUCUCCAUGGUGUAGUGCACAACCUGUGUCAACGGCUGAUGAUAAUACCAUAAACCUCUACUGUAACUCUCAAGGCGGAGAACCUCCUCCAAAUAUUACAUAUUUCAGGGAAACUGAGCAGAUAGCUGGUCCCGGAAUUCGGUCAAUUCAACAUACGUACCACUUAAGAGAACAGGACAAUGGUGUGACUUUCACUUGCAUCUUGACCACACCUGCCUUGGAUGAGCCAAGUACUUGCUCCGUGAUGCCACUGAGAAUCUUGCCGAAUGCCACCAUCCUACCUGCAGUAUCCGAGGUUGAGAACAGGACCUCAAGAUCGUUUGAAUGUCAUGGAGAGGGCGUGCCUAACAUUGCCACAUACAGGUGGAGGGUGACUUAUGCCGAUACUGGAGACAUCCUACUUGAAAACAACUACAGCGUAUCUGAAAAUGGCCAAUCUUUGAAGAUAACGGUGACGCAGAAUCUGGAAUUGCUCUGCGUAGUUAGUGUGCAAUCUGGACUGUCUGGUCACGCCACCGCGCUGGUUAAUGUUACCAAGCUAGUAACUACAACUGUGGCAGGGGGGCUGAGAAAAACUGCCAGCCCCGACCCCGAGGACGAAGCCUCGGCGUCGCUGAUUAUGCCCAUCGCUGUCGUGGUCGUGGUCAUAGCAUCACUAAUGUUGAUCGUCUUCUGCUUCUUGUGGAGAAGAAAAACGAGACGGGCAAUCGACCCUAAGAUUGAAUACAACAUGCGUGAUAUUCGAGAUCUCGAGACUCCGGGCACACCUACCGACAAGACAGGGCCCGUUCCAGCAUCAGAACAGACUGUCUAUGCCAUGAUCCGCACGUGA